AUGAAUAUAAAGACGGGUGAUUGCGGCUAUGCGGCUGCAAUAGCUGCCACCCCAUUCGGCUAUUCGGUUAUGCUGAGGCUGGACUUUAACAUGACUGCACUCGGUUACAUUCCGGUCUUGGUGUUGGUGGUAUCGCUGAUGACGGCUCUUGUCCAAGCGUCCUUACCUGAUGAGAUCACCCCGAGCAUGGAAAUGGCCCGUGAACGGGCUCCAGCCAUCUUCAACGCGUUGAACAAUGCCAUGCGCCAGUGGGGGUCUUCGCUGCACCACAACGGCAUGUCCGUCUUUCUGGCCACUGUUCCGGAGAACGUGUUGCUGCAUCACGGAAACGUUCGAGAGACGUCGCCGACAGAACCCGAAUGGCUUGCUUACGAGAUCGAACAUGCCGAGCUGUUUGCCCGAACAUGGCUGCAACAGAAACCAGUGCCCGCCGUCUUGGCGCAGUCUGAGCCGGUCCCGUCUGCACAGAAGCAAGUCAGGCGUACGGCCGACCAGAAAUUCCGUGGCUGGAUGCACGUCUACCGCUCGACCCGGCCGCUGCAUUACCUCUACAUUGACGGCAUGGCCGGCGCCAAGACAGCCAUGGGCACGCUGGACUCGCAGGACCUUCUUCUGCGCAAGAACGGGACUGGCGGCAAUGCUGGCUCUAUUCUGGGCGAGCGGCAACGCGCGGCUGAUCUCUGUGCUCUGGUUCGGCCGUGGGGACUGCAAGGAGUCAUUCGCAUGGAGGCCGGCUUCGAGAUCAUCCAGUGCGACUUCUCCGAUGGCCUCGAGCAGGUCCAGGCGCUGCGCCGGGCCAAGGAUGACGCUGCGGGCGACAUCGGCGACGGUCGCGGCCUUCGUGGCCUCGAAUUCCUGCGCGGCCUUGCUGAACGCUACCAGGACAUCGGUGCCCAGAGAACCGUUGUCGACUACUCCUCCAUGGUCUCGGCCUUCUUCUUUCCCCUCAACCUGACGAACCCAGACGGCGAUCGGCCGGACCUGCCCCGGCUGCUGUCUGUCGGUGCAGCCGGCCUGACAGCCAUUCGGCACUAUCUCGAGACCACCAUCGAGCGUCGUCACCACGGCAAUGACUGCUUCAAACCCGACUGGCAGGGUGUCACUGAUCUCAUCGUCGGCCGGUACGCUGACCGCUUGAAGUUCAUGGCCACCGAGAUCGACUCGCCCGAGUCCAUGGCCAUUGAGGCUGCCUUCCUGCUCGACAUCUACAUCGACUACCCCGAUGAGGAUGAUGGCAACGACAUUGAUAGAGCUGCAGCCAUCGACCGCUGCACCCACUACUAUCUGCACAAUCCGGUUCCAUUGUCCGCCACAUAUCCUGCCAACGUUACGAAUCAGCUCAUACACACCGCCCUGGCUACCGUCACCGACGAGAUCUGCACCGCUCUCUUCCACGUGCGGGACCUUGUAUCCGGGUACGGAAUGCUGAGCCAUUCCGAGCGAGAGACCGCUCUCGCCGCCUCGGUUAAGACGUUGCAGUCACUAAUUGCAUACCUCGGCUGGGCCCGUUUCAAGCGCUGUCCGGCCUGUGGCAUCGGAGAGAUCUGCAUGAUUCCCAUGUGGCCCAUGGGAACGGUUGAGCUGUACGAGAAACCGAGCUGUUGCAACGGUACUGACUCGCUUGACGGAGAGAACUAUUGGGGUGAAUGGAGCUGGUCGGCUGCUGGUGAGGGAAAAGCAUGA